ACUGAACCAGACAUGACUGACCUGGACUGACCCUGGGAAUGAGGGAAGAUGUUGUAGAUGUUGUGUACUGUGGGGUCAGAGGUGACUGUAAAUCAGGAUUAGGUUCACAACACCAGGAGAGUCCAAGUAAACAGGUGUGUGUUAUCCAUAUUGACCACAAUGUGGAGGAGUGGGACUUUCACUGUAUGCAUUAGUCUACUACAAUAGAAAGAGGUGUAGAUGAGGUAUCUGCUUAAAUGUUCCCAGAAAGAGGACAUCUUUUCAUUCUAUACAUACAGGCUUCUAGACUAAUGCAUGUUGAGUAAAUAAAACUAAACACAUGUUUGCUCCUCAGUGUCCCUCUGAUUAAGAGGUGUCUGCAUCACAUCCUACUGCAGCAAAAGGAAAUCUUAAGGGUUGAUGUAUAACUAUAAAUGUUGUUUUAAGUUCUGAAUCUAGAAAGACAUGCCAAAAUGCCCGCCGUCCGGUAAUUCGAUCAUGAUUACUAAGUUUAGAUAGCUGGCCGUUAAACUAAUUUACCAGUCUAAAAAAUGUUAGCUGACAUAAGAUAAUUGAGUGACUGUCAGUGGCUGACAUAUCAAGAGAAAAACUGCUGAUGCACAACUACAUUUCAAUAUUGCACCUUGUGUAUUUUACUACAUUAGAUAUUAUAACGCCCAACAAUUAGUGGAGACCCCAACUGAAUUUAUUUUAAUGAUUUAACUGCUUACGGAAAUUGAUCUGAGGGCCUUCAAAAGGCCGGGUCACCAGUUAACCAUCCCUGAUAUAGUACUAUAAAAUAAAACAAAACGUUUGGAGAUUUGUAUUACAUAUUUGAAUAAUCUAAUGUUAGAAUGACACAAUCAAGGACUUUAAACAGUUGUUGGACAAUAAAUGUAAAAAUGAACUUCCUUUUAUGGGGUUAGAUGGAGUUGACAUAGAUCCACUUAGUUGCAUUUUUAGAAAACAUCCUAAUUUUUUAAAUGUAUAUCUGGUUCAUCAAAAUGUAUAUUUCAAAUGUUGUUUAUAUGAAGAAAAAUAUUUGUGUGAAAAAGAUGGAGUUUGUCCCGUCUUUCAAGAAUCCCUGAGCUACAGCGUCUAUUCCCAGUAUCAUUGGUCUGUAGCCUGUAGUAAAGCCCCAUCACCAUGGGGGCGCUGUGAUUUGUUUCUGGUCUCGUUUCCCGCUGACAAAAACAGAACAAAACAAUACGGAAGUAAAACGGUAGGGAGAGUUUGUUUGGGUUUGUUUGUCCUCGUCCGCGAAAACAUACAUGCUGAAUUACCCAACUUUCAGUCGGCUAAAACAUGUCUAAACUACAGUCGUUUCGUGUGUUUUUAAAUGAGCGUUUAACCGCGGCAGCUGUGGAGAUUUUCGGGGCAGUUGAAGAAACAGUAGCGGACUACCAGGAGGAGAAUGAUCGGCUACGGAGACUGCUGCGGAUCACACCGGAGAUACAACUAUGUAGAAUAGACUCCCUGCAGCUCUCUGUCUCUGAGGAGGAGGUUCUCCCUGAGCAGCAGCACUGUGAGCAGGAGUGGAGCCCCAGUCUGGGGCAGGAGAACCCAGAGCUUCCACAGAUUAAAGAGGAACAGGAGGAACUCAGGACCAGUCAGGAGGAAGAGCUGCUUCAAGGGCUGGAGGCUGAUUUCAAAUUCACUCCUUCCUGUGUGAAAAGUGAAUGUGAUCAGGAGGACCCAUUUCAGUCCUUCACUUCUCCCCAAACCCAGACUGUGGAGAACAGAGAGAGUGACCCUAAACAAGUGGUUCUCACACCUUUUGUUACUGUGACCCAACUAAAGGGUCUCCACAUUCCCUGUGACCCUCCAGAUAAUCAAAACAAUGCCUCCAGCCACAGCUCAGCCGUAAGCAGAAACCCAGUAGGACUUGACAGCAGCCCCUCCGAUCCCAGCCCUGGAUCCCAGCCCUCCAUGAUCGGAACAUUCUUCCCAGCACGUCUAGAAAAACUCACCACUGCCGUGAAUGUGGUGAAAAGUUUGCUCUAA